AUGGCACUCCUGACACCCCAGGGUGUGAAAGAAAUCUUUCAACUUGAGAAGCCGGAAGGGCGGGAGCACCUGCGCAGGCUGCUGCAGUGGGAGGCGCCCCGCGAGCAGGAGGAGGCACGCGCGGACAUCCUGCUUGACCUCCUCUACGACAGCAUCAUCUUCGCCGUGGGCAAGGGCUUCCCGUGGACGCAGGUGCCCAUGGUCGUCAGGUUCACUGAAGAGCUGCUCAGGGAAACCAGAGGCCACCCCAUCACCGAGGCUCUGACGCUUCUGGGGAAGAAGCUCCAGGACUACCAAGGCCAGUUCGGCACGAGCCACCUGCUGGCCCUGUGCGAUUACGCCCACAACACUUACAUCCGCCACUACAAUCUCUACCAGUACGUCCUGAGCCAGGCCCAGGAUGUGAACCUGAGCGUGGAGCAGGUGGAGGUGUGCGCGCCGCCCCAGCCCCUGGCCCUGGCGCAGGGCACCGAGCUAGCCAUGUGGCAGCACGAGCAGCGCCUGGCCGAGCUGGCGCUAGCCGAGCUGCAGAAGCGGGCAGACGUGCUGGUGCAGCAGGAGAUGCUGAAGCUGGAGAAGGAGCAGCUGCUGCGGAAGAUCUUCUCCGGGGAACUGGCGCAGCACCCGGGCCAGCGGCUCUGCUCAGAGGACCUCAAGACCCUGGUCAGCGAGGCCAUUCACGUGCAGGUAGAGCAUCUGAAGCAGCUUCUGGAGCAGGAGAUCCAGGUCACCUUCGAGAUCCUGGACCUGAGGCUGCAGAAGAAAAUCCUGAGUCUCAACGAGCCCGUGCCCAGCCUGCUCCUAAUCCCCAGCCAGCACAGCCCCGACCUGCCUCUGAAGCUGAGCAGAGCCCCAAAGCGGGGCAAGCAGAACAAAGGCAAGAAGUAG